CUUUAAAUGCAGUAUUAAAAAUAUGUCUGCGCCCAUGUCUCUUCAGAAACUGAGUAGAAAGCAAGACUACUAAGCAAUAAGUUAAUUACACCGUUCAGUCAUACGGUUACCUUGAGUUUAAAUUGCUGCUUAACAUCUCAUUUACAAAAUGGCAGCUAAGCCUUUGAAAAUACUUGUAGCAGGAGAUGUUGAAGGAAAUUUUUCUCAGCUUUUUAAAAGAGUUCAGGCCAUCCAAAAAAAGAGUGGAAAUUUUGAUCUUCUUUUAUGUGUUGGUGACUUCUUUGGGUCAGAUUUGUCAACAUGGGAACCAUACAAGACAAAACAACUUAAAGUUCCAUUGUCCACAUUAAUUUUGGGGCCAACUAAACCAGAGCUUGCCAUUUACUAUGAUGAUGAAAAAGGAGCUGAACUUUGUGAGGGAGUUACGUACCUUGGAAAGCAAGGAAGGUUCACUGGAUCAUCAGGUCUUCAGUUGGCCUACCUCAGUGGGCUAGAGAGUUCAUCAGAUAAGGGAGACAACUGCACAUUUACAGCAGAAGAAGCAAAAUCUUUAGUAGCACCUAUCAUGGCUGAUACCAACUUUAAAGGCAUUGACAUUUUUAUAACUUCACAGUGGCCUAAAGAUGUUGAAAAAUAUGGUUCUACUCUAAGCCACCAUGAGAAAAAAUACCCAGCCUCACCUUGUAUAUCUGAGGUAGCCCGGGUACUUCGCCCUCGCUAUCACUUUGCAGGACUAGAAGACAUAUUUUAUGAGAGACAGCCUUACAGAAACCACCACAUCCUGUUAGAUGCUACAAGACACACUACAAGGUUUAUUAGCUUGGCCAGUGUUGCUAACAAAGAUAAACAAAAGUACUUAUAUGCCUUCACAAUAGUUCCUUUAUCAAAACUUGACCCAGCAGAGCUAAUCAAACAGCCAGAAGAUGUCACUGAGUGCCCAUACACAGCAAAUAAUGUCUUAAACUCUAAACAGGAAGAGAAAGGUCAACAGUUUUUCUAUGAUAUGAAUGCAAAACCAGAUCAAAAAGGCAAAAGGAGAGGCAAUGAAAGAGGUGGAAGAGAUGGUGAAAAUGAGAGACGUUACAAGAAUGAUGAUGAAAAGAGACCACGAAAAACAUAUGAGCCAGCUGGUGCCUGUUGGUUUUGUUUAGGUAGUCCAGAAGUUGAAAAACAUUUAGUUGUCAGCGUUGGUGAUAAGGCCUAUUUAGCAUUAGCUAAAGGUGGUUUAGUUCCAGACCAUGUUUUGAUCCUGCCAGUCCACCAUCACCAAUCCCUUGUUUCAAGUCCUGAUGAUGUCAUAGAGCAAAUAGACAAAUAUAAGGCAUGUCUUCGUAAAAUGUUUAAAUCACAAGGCAAGAGUUGUGUUUUCUUUGAGAGAAACUUUAGAACGCAGCAUUUACAAAUUCAGGCAGUUCCUUUUCCCCAAGACUGUAUAGUGGAUGUCAAGGACACAUUUAUGGCUUGUGCUGAAGCUGAGGCCAUUGAACUUGUGGAGAUACCAAAACAUUCCGAUCUCAAACAAAUUUUGCCUGAUGGGGUGCCCUACUUUUAUGUGGAGCUUCCUAGUGGAGAGCGGUGUUUGCACAGAAUCUCAAAGCAAUUCCCACUGCAAUUUGGGAGAGAAGCUGUGUGUGAGCCAGCCAUAUUGAACAUGCCAGAGCGAGUGGACUGGAGAAAUUGUAAACUAGAGAAAGAUGAAGAGACAGAACUGGCUGGCAAAUUUAAAACAGACUUCAGGCCUUUUGACUUCAACUUCUCUUAACAACCUGAGCAUUUAACAGCCUGUAGAUUUAACAGCUUGCAGAUUUAGCAGCAGAACUUUGAUUCAUGUCAAUACAAUCAAUGGUUUUAAAAUGUGUUCAUAUUUUGUCUUUGUCUGGAUUCAGUUCUAACUGUAGGAAGGGCAUAUCAUUUAAAAUAAACUAAUUAGAAUUAGUUAUGAAUUUUAGAAGACAUGAAUAUUUAUAUAGUAGCACAAGCAUUCAAUUAAUGAACUACCAGUAAAACUGCUUCAAAAACUACAUCAUUGACAUGUUGUUAGGAUACUUCCCUUGUUACAAUAGUUACAUGUUAGACAUUUGUUUUCAUUCAACUGUAAGUUCUGUAAGUCUGGUAUUUUUAUGUU